GUGGGAGCAGCCCGCGGCCCUGCUGGCCUGGCGGGUCCUCCUUGCAUCCUCUCUGCACCUCCGUUUUCCAAGCGGGACGUUAACCUCCCCGGGUCGAGCCGGAGCGCUGCGUCUGCGGCAGUGGCUAGACGUUUUGGAUUUACGAUUCUGUUUUGUCGUUCGGUUGGUGGAAGAUGUUGGUAUUACUCUAUGCCUCUAGAGGAGUAUUGUUGCAAGAAACUUGAAUGACUUGGUUCAUCUGAAAUGCUAUCUAUUCCCCCCCCUCAGGUGCUCGUAGCCCUAUUUUCCAUGACAGAUAGUGACGACAAUACGUGCAAAAGGUAUAUAAAGAUGAUUACCAAUAUAGUAAUACUGAGCCUGAUCAUUUGCAUUUCCCUAGCGUUCUGGAUUAUGUCAAUGACUGCUAGCACCUAUUAUGGUACCUUGCGGCCUGUUUCUCCAUGGCGCUGGCUGUUCUCCGUUGUGGUUCCUGUUGUGAUUGCCUGUAAUGGCUUUAAAAAGAAAAGUCUAGACCACAGUGGGGCUUUAGGAGGGUUGGUGGUUGGAUUCAUCUUAACCAUCGCAAAUUUCAGCUUUUUUACCUCUUUGAUGAUGUUUUUCCUUUCAUCUUCAAAACUCACGAAAUGGAGGGGAGACAUAAAGAAGCGACAGGACUCAGAGUAUAAGGAAGGAGGUCAGAGGAAUUGGGUGCAGGUGUUCUGUAAUGGCGCCGUGCCCACAGAGCUGGCCCUACUCUACAUGAUAGAGAACGGCCCCGGGGAAAUGCCCAUAGAUUUUUCCAAGCAACACACUGCUUCCUGGAUGUGUUUGUCUCUCUUGGCUGCGCUGGCCAGCUCAGCUGGAGACACCUGGGCUUCUGAAGUUGCUCCAGUUCUGAGCAAAAGCUCACCUCGGCUAAUAACAACCUGGGAGAAAGUUCCAGUUGGAACCAACGGAGGAGUCACAGCAGUGGGACUUGCCUCCAGUGUCCUCGGUGGCACCUUCGUGGGCCUUGCAUACUUCCUUACACAGUUGGUGUUUGUGAACGACUUAGACAUUUCUGCUCCGCAGUGGCCCAUUAUUGCAUUUGGAGGUCUGGCUGGGUUAUUCGGGUCACUCGUGGACUCAUUCCUAGGGGCAACAAUGCAGUUCUCUGGUCUGGAUGAGAGCACAGGCUUGGUGGUCAAUAGCCCAACCCAGGAGACCAAGCACAUAGCAGGGAAGCCCAUUCUGGAUAACAACGCCGUAAAUCUGUUCUCCUCCGUCUUGGUGGCCCUCUUGCUCCCCACAGCCGCAUCCGGAUUUUGGCCCAGAGAAUGAACUUUCUUUUCCUUCCCAACCAGUCGAUACUGUGCCUGGAAGUGUCGUGAUUUCCCAUUGUGAGCCUUCUUGGUCCUAUGGUCCUCUCCUUUGGAGCCUAAGUUGGCGGUUAUAACACAGGAGGACUGCCCGGUAAGAGUAUAGUAAGACUGUUGCCUGCCCACUGUUAGGAUUUUGUGAGACAGGGAAGAAGCAGUGUGCAUAGAGCAUGGGCGGCUCAGCUCCUGGUGGAGCCCCCAAGAGUUAGCAUAGGGGAAGCUGGGCAGCUGGAACCAUUGGGAAAGCAGUUGAUGGGAACAGCAAGUCUUGUUCUCAGCCUUUCUAAUGUCUUUACUUUGUACUGCACGUGUUUGUUGUUUCUGGUAGCCAUCUGUGUAUUAGGGUCCUGGCUAGAGAAAUGGCAAGCCCACCUCUGUUACAUCCCAGUCUACUGUCCUGAAAAGUGGUGAGAAAUGAAGUGUCCGGAACUGUCCCAUGCCGGCAGUCUAGACAGCUGCCAUCUUCUGACUGUGCAGAUUCUAGGGCCUAUUCAUCUGUCUUCCUUAUGUUUGAACUCAUGAGCGGGUGUCAUCACCAUGAGAAUGAACUGGCCUAGCAACCACAUCCAAGACAAAUAAGUAACAGCAUGCCCUAAAAAAAGAAAAAAAAAAAACAAAAAAACCCACAAUGUGCAGCUUAAUCAUCUCAUCUGCUUAAGGAGUAUCUGUUACCUUAACUCCUGCCGGGACUGAGUAUUUUAAAAACUCAGAGCAAUUGUUGAAUCAGUUUGGUUGACCUGGGAGUGUAUUCUGGGGGAAGGGGUUAAAGAUACCAGUUGGCUACCUGAAUUUCUGAGAACUGUAAUGAUCCCAGCUUUUCUCAAUUGUGUGAAACAACAUUAAUGAGUUUGUAACCAAUGAGUCAGGUACUUACUGUAGGAGGAAUGACAGACUGGCCAGGCAGGGCCCUGCCCUGUUCCCCUUUCCAGUGCAGAAGGGCCAUUCUCUUCUUUUUGCCCUAGUUGCUCUCUAAAAUGUUAUAAACGUGGACACUUAGUUUUAAAAGACUUGUUUCAUUUUUAUUUAUGUACCUGUGUGCUCAUGUCUGUGCACUUGAGUGCAGACGACAGAAGAGGGUGCCUGAGUCCCUGGAGCCAGAGUUACAGGCAUGAGGAGGUGCCCUAUGUGGCUGCUGGGAACUGAACCUAAGUCCUCUAGAACAUUAGCAAAUGUUCUUCAUCACUGAGCCAUUUCUCGGCCCCCUGAUAUAGUCUUUUAGCUGUUCUUAAAUCAUUGGUCUUAGAAGGCCAGGCAUGAUGGUCCACACCCUGGAGGCAGAGGUAUGUGGAACAUUCAAGUUCUAGGC